CAGAUAUAGAGCUUGGACCCUCAAAGAAAGGCAGCAGCCGUUCACUUUUCUCGCUCUUUAUCGGAAUGAAAUAAUAUUGACUUUCAAGGCAAUAAUAGACUUCCGCCAGUGGAUAAAAUAUUUAUUUUGUAUUGAUUUGUUUGUCCUUUUGUGGUAAGAACGGACAUAGCAAUUCUAGCCAGAAUGCUGUCCUGUUCAAGGAGGAGGAACUGUUUACCCUAAUGGCUUCAAGAGAAUUGUUGUGUAUUGUUUACUUCCCAUACACCCACUCUCCUAAAGCAUGCGCCAGACUGAAGGUUUCCACCCAUAUAUCCCCGCAAAUUGAAGGAGCUCACUCAACAUCAAAAUCAAGGACUUCUCUCCAACUCAGAAAGGAUACGGGAUAUCUUACUAGUCAACAGACAAGACGGGGUGGUGAAAAAUGUGGAGAGGAACUCUCCCAAGAGUGUUAUCAAUUCACACUGGCACUACGGAGUUGGGCUUGGCAAAGUCUCUGCCUUUGGUGGCCAUCUUUGCAGUGCUGCUGCAGUUUUGUCCAGAGGGCUUCAGUCUGGAGCUCAGCCCCAGUGAGAAGGAGGUCACACUGAGCACCAACUCCUCCUUCACGGUGGUCUGUUCUGGUUGGAGCAAGGUGACCUGGAAGUCUCCCCACGACCCCAGCCUGGAGGGAGUGGCUGUGGAGGACAGGGGAACAACCAGUGUGCUGGUCCUCCACAACGUCACCUGGAGGCACUCUGGGAACUAUAUCUGUGAAGAGCCCUCUACAGAGGAGGCCAAGGACAUAUCGGUGUUUGUACCAGACCCGGAGGAAUGGUUUCUUCCCCUGCGCCAAGCAGUAGUGAUGAAGGAGGAAGAGGAAGGUACCAUUCCCUGCGUGGUGACUGACCCUGGCAUUAACGUGACCCUGUACGAGAGGGACAGCAAGGCCCCCGUGGAGGGAACAUACCAACCCAGUAAAGGGUUCACCGCCAUCCUGAAAGAUAGCUCCUACAUCUGCCGAGGUGCCAUGAACGGAGAGGAGAAGGCGUCCCAGGUGUAUUAUGUCUACAGCAUUGUGGUCCCCAAAUCCAUGAACGCCUUCAUGACACUCUCAAAGACUGUGCUGAAACAAGGCGAGGCUUUAAUGGUUAAUUGUACUGUAGAAGAAGCAGAGAUGGUUUACUUCGAAUGGGAUUUUCCUCGCAAAGAGACAAUUGAGCCACUGACAGACUUUCUAUCGGAGAUUAGAAUCCGCUCCUUCUUGAACAUCUCCAGUGUUACUCUGGAGGACUCUGGCCAGUACAUCUGUCGAGUGCAGGACUCUUUCGCCGGAAAGUCAGCCAUGGAUAAUCUCACUGUCACUGUUCUGGAACGGGGCUUUGUGGAUCUGGAACCCUCCAUCAACACCAAUGUUUCAGCGCUCCAGUAUCAGAGCGUUGGGCUCACAGUGCAGAUUGAAGCAUAUCCCAAACCUCAGGUGCUCUGGACCAGAGACAACACCACCCUUACUGGGGAAACUGUAUCCAUGGACACCAGACAGGUGCACGAGACCAGUUACCUCAGUACUCUGACCUUGGUAAGGGUCAGGAUGGAACAGAGGGGCCUCUACACUGUCCAGGUGGCCAAUGAAGAUGAUGUCAAGGAGAUAACCUUUGAUCUUCAAGUCACGUCUUCCCCGAAGAUAAUAGAUUUGUCUGACCAGCAUAUGGACCAGGGCCACGGUGUGCUCUGUGUCACAGAGGGGGUCCCCACACCCACCAUUCACUGGUACAGCUGUGAAAGCAUUGGAAAAUGCAGUAAUAAGACCACAGCAUGGAAGUCUCUGUCGGCUGACCAGGAGAACGUCAGCAUCCAGAUGAACGUGAGCUACAUCGAGGCCUCAGGGGUCAACCACGUCCGCAGCCUUUUGACCUUCCAGACCAUGGGGGGUAUCACAUCAGUACGCUGUGAAGCCCGCAAUGAGAGAGGGCGCAGGGCCUGGGACAUCAAACUGGUCUCGAACUCUCUUUUCUCCCAGGUGGCUGUCUUGGCUGCAGUGUUAGCCCUGGUGGUCAUUGCCGUCAUCUUCCUCGUCAUCCUCAUCGCCCUUUGGAGAAAGAAGCCCCGGUAUGAGAUCCGUUGGAAGGUGAUCGAGUCAGUGAGCUCAGAUGGCCACAAGUACACCUACAUGGACCCCAUGCACCUGCCAUAUGACUGUGUAUGGGAGGUGCCCCGGGACAGCCUGGUCCUGGGUCACACUCUGGGUUCUGGAGCAUUUGGGAGGGUCGUGGAGGCCACAGCCUAUGGCCUUGGUCACGCUCAGUCCACCACCAAAGUGGCUGUGAAGAUGCUCAAGUCCACAGCAAGGACAAGUGAGACUCAGGCUCUGAUAUCUGAGCUGAAGAUAAUGAGUCACCUUGGGCCCCAUCUAAACAUCGUCAACCUACUGGGGGCUUGUACGAAACGAGGUCCUAUCUACCUCAUAACUGAGUACUGUUGCUAUGGUGACCUGGUUGACUACCUUCACCGCAACAAGCACAACUUCCUGCAGUACUACGCAGACAAAAACCGCAGGGAUGCUGAUAUGUGCAGGAACAGCACAGAGAGUCCAAUGUACUAUCACUUAUUGUAACAAAUUGUGCCCUUGGGUUUUGACAGUGAGAGUGAUGGGGGUUACAUGGACAUGACCAAGGAAGAUUCUUUAAAUUAUGUCCCAAUGCAAGAGCUGAGUGACAACAUCAAGUAUACAGACAUCGAGCCUUCAGUCAAUGAGACACCCUACCACCAGGACAACAACUACCAAGGACAAGGCCAAGAGAGAGCAGACGUCGCGUUGUCUAUCAGUGACUCCCCAAUUCUGAGCUACACAGAUCUGGUGGGCUUUAGCUACCAAGUGGCUAACGGCAUGGACUUUCUGGCAUCCAAGAAUUGUGUUCAUCGUGACCUGGCUGCCAGAAACGUUCUCAUCUGCGAGGGAAAGCUGGUGAAGAUCUGUGACUUUGGCCUGGCCCGUGACGUCAUGAACGACUCCAACUACAUAGCCAAAGGGAACACAUUCCUGCCACUGAAGUGGAUGGCUCCAGAGAGUAUCUUCCAGAACCUCUACACAACCUUGAGCGAUGUUUGGUCUUUUGGCAUUCUGCUUUCAGAGAUCUUUACUCUAGGAGGAACGCCCUAUCCUGACAUUCCCAUGAAUGAACAGUUCUACACUGCCUUGAAGAGAGGCUACAGGAUGCCUAAACCCGCUCAUGCUACAGACGAGAUCUAUGACGUCAUGUGCAAGUGUUGGGAUGAGCAAUUCAAGAAGAGGCCACUGUUCUCCUCUCUGGUUAAUUUGAUGGGAAACCUGCUGACUGAUGCUUACAAAAAGAAAUACACCCAGGUGAAUGAGAGCUUUCUGAAGGGCGACCACCACGCUGCAAUCAGGUCCAAACCCAUACCAGCAGGGAACCCAGCUGUGUCUUCAGGUGACCACUCCUCAGGGGAUCGAGCGGGUCAGGAGACAGGGGAGAUAGAUGAGACUGGGAAGGAGGCUGGCCCCUCCCAGACUGACUACAUAAUCGCCAUCCCAGAUAUCCAUGUAGCCGAAGAGGCAGAAGCAGGUGGUGAGGUGCUGGACACCGCCACACAGAGUACAUCAAGUCCUCCAAGCACAACCGACCAGACUGAUACUGAUACAGCCUCCCUGGAUGGACCAGAAGCAUCCCUAGAAGAACCAGUACCCACAGAGGAAGAGGUGCCUCCCCCCACGCAAGAAGACAAGCUCCCCCAGUCUCCAUGUACCCCUGAAGUGGAGGAGAGUUUCCUGUAGCCUCUCAUUAGAGAGCUGAAGUUAGAGGUGUCUACUGUAUAGGACAAUGUUGUACAUGACCAAUGUGUGUUGUUAGUUAAACACUAAUGUUGUAGGCCCUUUUAGGAAACAUUAUAUCGUUAUUAUUUUUGUAUAUUGGUAAUAUACUGUAUAUCUUUCAGGUACUUUUUCCCUUUUAAUGCUACGAUUCACAAAACAAACAUCAGCAGUUUGACAAAUGGAAAUGGUAAUAUUAUAUGCAAAUGUAAUCAAAUUGAAGUUGUCAAACUGUAAAGAAAAGUAUAUUUGGCAUGGGAAUACAUUUAAUUUCAAUCAUUAAAAAAAUUAUAAUUUAAAGAGAAUGUAAGCUUGCAGUAAUGCACCUCAUAUUUGCACUUCUCAUUCUCAAUUUUAGACAAAAUUAUGUUUUGAAAAAGCGAUUAAAUAAAUGUAAGCAU